CUCUCCUGCGGCGAGAAAUUCUCAGGCUCCGAAUUUCUCCAGGAAGCGGAAAGGCGGAAGUGUACCCCUAUCCCAUGUCGAGGCGGCGGGUCCUGCUGCUGUUGAAGCCCUUCGACGUUUACCCCUCGAGAGCCAGCCCCAGGGCCAACGCCCGCCUCCCCUCCCCUCUCCCGUGCGCCGUCAACCCCAAGAUAUUAAGCUAUUUGGAUGACAGAUGUAGGGUUCAUAAGGACACAAUCAACUUUUGUCAGGAUGUUUUGCGACGUAAGUCUCUUGAUUGGGAGCUUGUGAUGCGUAACAAAUUGUCCCAUCAAAUUCAUCAUGUGGAUCUCGUGGUCACUGUUGGUGGGGAUGGCACUUUGCUACAGGCCAGUCACUUUUUGGAUGACUCAAUUCCAGUUCUAGGAGUCAACUCAGACCCUACACAAGUUGAAGAGGUUGACAAGUUCAGUAAUGAGUUUGAUGCAAGAAGAAGCACAGGCUAUCUCUGUGCUGGAACUGCAAAAAACUUUGAGCAGUUAUUGGAUGAAAUUCUCGAAGGUCAUAAACACCCUUCUGAACUCACAAGGAUAUCAGUAAACUUAAAUGGUAAUCCGUUGCCAACAUUUGCUCUGAAUGAUAUUCUUGUUGCACAUCCUUGUCCAGCAACAGUAUCUCGGUUCUCAUUUCGAGUCAGGAGCAACAGCAUAAAGGACUCUAAUUUGGUCAACUGCCGAUCAAGUGGUCUCAGGGUCUCCACUGCUGCAGGAUCCACAGCUGCCAUGCUUUCAGCUGGAGGUUUUCCCAUGCCAAUUUAUACUCAAGACCUUCAGUAUAUGGUCAGAGAGCCCAUUUCAUCUAGAGCUGCGGACCCUCCAUUGAUGCAUCGCUUAAUUAGGCCUGAUGAGCGGAUGUGUGUUGCCUGGUACUCUCAAGAAGGUGUGAUAUAUGUUGAUGGUUCGCAUAUAUUUUAUUCAAUUCAGAAUGGCGAUACAAUUGAAAUAUCAAGAGAGGCUCCAGUUUUGAAAGUUUAUUUGCCUGAAAGUCUGCCGACAUAGUAUGUCCUCAUAAUAGCAGUAUUGCAUAUUUGAUAAACUGUUCUGCUUCAAAUUUUGAACUGAACUCCUUUGGACCACAUCAGAAUCAACAUCUUCAGUUUAGUAUGUUUCAUGUAACUCCUUGCAAACUCAAACUACUGUCUCAUGGUGUGGCCUGAUGUUCUCGGAAUGAUCUUAUUUGUUCUAUAUCCUUGCUGCUUCAUCCGAAUUGACCUUUUAUGUUUGAACA